AUGGAUACGCUGGCGGUUUGGUGCGAGCGGCAGACCGCCUUCUUCACGAAGGCGUUUAAAAAGCGGUAUGUUACGUUUAAUCCGGAGUUUCGCAGGCUAUUGUACGCGGAGGAGGAGUCUAAGCCCCCGAAGGGUGUCAUUAUCGUCACAAAGGUGGUGCGGUGCUGUCAGGUGAUGGAUGUGAAGGCAUCUGAUUUGUUUAUGCUGAUGGUUGACGGGAACCAGGAAAACGGCAAGGAAGAUCAGUGGACUCUCCGCAUGCCAACUCGUGACGUGUUUGACAAGUGGUACCAAGCCAUCGCGAGCGUGUGCGCAGCUGCUGGACUAAUGGAACCAUUGAACUUCGGCCUUCCCUCUGUCGAUCCACGGACAAACUUGCCUUUCGCACAGUUGCCGCUGGAGCACCUAUUUAGGUUUGCGGUGCUGGAGAAGGCUGUUAUCCACUUUUUUGCAACCGCCACACUCGUGACCUCCAAUACCGGAAAGGGGAACCAUCCAGUGCGACACCAUUUUGUGGUGGGGGACAGGGCGAUUUAUAUUUUUACUCAUACUGCCACCAUUUUGUAUUGCAGUCUUAUCAGUAAUAUUCGAAGGAUAUAUCAGAGCCCUGAGGCGACAUUUUUUGCAGUCCAUGUAAAAUUCCCAGAACCUGACAUUGUGGUAAAGGAUUUUUUGGAAGGCGCGCAAGCGGCCUUCGUCCUUACUAGGCUGUUUCAGGUGACAACUGGCAAAAGUCUCAGCGUCCUGCCCAUCAACGUUCCCACAGCUGAAGUGCUUGUGGAGUCAGAGCAGCUGCGGCUGAGUGGAGGUGAGGGGUAUGAGCUUCAUGUUGUUUCACCAAUCACAAAGACGCGUCUUCGUCAGAUGAUUGACGCUAAUAAGGAUGGAAAAGAUGCCAGCGAUAACAGUGGCCUGAACACAAAUGGCAGGGGCCAAGCAAAGAAGCUUGACAAGGCUUUCGCCGUCGAAGACGCUGUCCCUGGCUCCACAGACUCUCUCACAGCACUGCUCCUGAAGAUUGGACUAUCAGAGUAUGCUCCAAGACUGUUGAGUCGACACGUGGACUUGGAUGUUUUACAGUGCAUGGAUGUGCCAGAUUUAAUGACCUUUGGGGUCUCGGAUGCAGUUCACUGUCAAAGGAUUCUUGAUGCCGCUUCGCAGUUAGAUGCGGCGGCUCCGGCAGUUGGGGGUAAUGCUGCGUUAGACGUGUUUGUCCCGACGACUGCAAAUCCCACUGGCAAAGCUGCAGGUGGUGUUAUGCUCAGUGACGACGACGACGAAAUUGAUCUUUCCGUACCACCUCGCAAGGGCGUGACGCUGGACGAUGAUUCGGAUGAAGAGCUUCUCCCCCCCGCAUCUCCUGUUAUAAACAUGGCGAAGCCACCAGCUAUCAUUUUUGAUGAUGAUGAUCUUUAA